AUGUUCUCCUACAUCACUAUUUGGGAAGAGGGCACCGAUCCUGCUACUAUGUUUCCCAAGUCCGAUAGGUUGACACACCCUAAUGUCAUUGCCCAGUACUCUGACGAUUCAAUCCGGUACUUGCUCAUACCCGGGGUGGAUCAUCCGGUGGCAAAUCAACUGUCUUUGAUGGCAUUUAUAGAAAACGCCAUCACUGCGGAAAUUUACAGAACCAUCCCACCCAAGGGAUCGACGGAAACGGUGGCUGCCCUGACAUUUGUUCGAGAGAUGUCUCCUGCGCUGACAGGUGGUGUGUGGAUACGGUUCCACAUCCCACAUUUGGUCUGUGCCAUGGAAAAUGGAGGCAUUUUGGGGUGGGCACAAAGCGACAUCAGGUGUUACAAAAAAGUGGCAAUCUGGCAAGUAUUAGUGCAUUUUGGGAGGAAAUUCCUCUUCGCUCUCGCAGGAGCUGUUCGCGUCUUUGCUUGCCGGUUGAUGACUCUAGCCCCUUGCAUCAUGGAGCUAUCCGGGCUUUAUACUGAGCUCAAUGCAUCGCCAAAACUACUUCCAGGCUGCUGCUUGGCUAUUUCCAACACGUUACUCACUCACAUGACCUCAAUCCUCCCCAAACAACCCGCGUUCACCAUCUCAGUCGGUAGUGGAUCCGGCCUACUCGAAGCGCUUGUAACGUAUGCCCAUCCGGAAGUAUCCGUAGAGGGCGUGGAGGUUGAAUCAUCCAUCAAUCGGUAUAUUGCGGAAGAGCGGAUGCAUGUUGUCAACGGGGGUUGGGGCGUCUUUCCGGGCGCGCAGCAUGCUGCAGCCUGGAUGUUUGUUUACCCACGCGACCCGAAAUUAAUAUCAAGGUACAUUCAUAUGUAUGGUGAUCAAACCGUCGAGAUGAUACUGUGGCUCGGGCCGCGUGCAGACUGGGCAGAUUAUGAACCAUUCUUCUCUCAAUCUUCGUUUUUCGAUUUGAGCUUCCCAGUGGAUGUUGGACUGGCACCGUAUGAAUUCCUGGUUAUUGCUACACGGGGUGACCAUGAGAGAACAUAAAGCCUACAACAAACAGUUCGCGGUGAUCAGUCUUGGCAUAACGAUCU